GAAACAGAAGUUGAAUAUCAGUCUCAUGUCUCUGAGACUGUUUUUGUUUGGCUGUUAGACAAGCUGAGGACUAGGCUGGCCUCAAACACACCAUGUAGCUGAUGCUAACUUUGAACUCUUCCCUGCCUCCACCCUCUGGGUGGUGGGAUUGCAGUAUAGGAUUCACUUCUGAAGUGGUGGAGACAUUGGUUCUUCUGCUGGGUGGCUUGUUAUAGACUCCAAGGGACUUCUAAAUUCAGGCUCUUGUCCAGUUUUAAAAUAUGUCAAAACAAUGUGCUGCAUAUAUUAUUUAUCCUUAAAGGGUCAUGGACUUGUACGCUGCCUUAAAGGUGCUGCACUAUGUUAAGGGAGCCAAAGGCUGCCAAAGUUUGAGGUUGGGAAGAUGAGGCUGCUGGUUUAUCUGAUGCAGACCCGCUGAUUCUCUAGUUGGAGCAAGGCGAACGGUUUUGUCGCCGAGUUUCUCCACAACACCCAGCUAGGGGCCAGCCCGUCACCUACCUGUCUUUGCCCGAAGCCUGUGUGUACAGGCAGAGCAGGUAAAACAGCCAACCUGCAGUAACCAGCCCAAGUUGGAAGCAGGUGUGGUGUCAGAGUCUGUUAAACCUAGGGUUUUCUCUUGAGAGAUGGAGGCCAGCCUGGGCUAACUGAGACCUUGUGUAUCCUCUUUCUUUAAGACAGAACAAAGAAAAAACCCCAAGCAUAAACCAGGUAGUUUAGCUAAUAAGCCUGUGGGCAUUUUGCUUUGCUCUGCCCUAAUGCGUUCUUUCCAGUUUGCUUUAGGCCUAGGCAAGCCGAGACAAAUUUUAAAGUCUUUGAUUGGACAAAAUGAGAGCAUCUUGUCCUAUCAGAGAGCACCACGGAGGCGGGACUCUUGGCUAGGGUCUGCCUCGGAGCUGGCCGGCGAGCAAGUGCGCCUGCCCCGGAAUUGUUAGAGGAGGCGGGGCUUGGUUCCUCGGGUUGUGUUUGGACCGAUUAUUGGCUCGUGCUGGGGGCAGGCUGCGCAGAGAGGUCGCCUAGUGUUAGGGGCACCUUACACCUAAGUGAGGAGGUGCAGGGCAAGGCCAAGCUCGCUGGCCGUGGUGGGGAAGCCACACUGGUUGGGGUCCUGUGUGCCCGCCGGCCCCGUUCGCUAUGGGGGAGGUGGAGAUUUCCGCCCUGGCCUACGGGAAGAUGUGCCUGCACGCCUCUCGGUACCCGUACGCUGCUGUCAACGGGUUGUUGCUGGCUCCGGCGCCGCGAUCGGGAGAAUGCCUCUGCCUCACCGACUGUGUGCCUCUCUUCCACAGCCACCUGGCCCUGUCCGUCAUGCUGGAGGCUGCGCUCAAUCAGGUGGAGGUGUGGGGCGCACAGGCCGGUCUGGUGGUAGCUGGGUACUACCACGCCAAUGCUGCUCUGGACGACCAGAGCCCUGGGCUUCUGGCCUUGAAAAUCGCCGGGCGAAUUGCAGAAUUCUUCCCUGAUGCAGUGCUUAUUAUGCUGGAUAAUAAGAAACUGGUGACUCGGCCUCGUGUACCUCCAGUCAUUGUCCUGGAGAACCAAGGUCUUCAAUGGGUGCCUAAGGACAAGAACUUAGUAAUGUGGAGAGACUGGGAAUUGUCCCGACAGAUGGUGGGGGCACUGCUGGAGGGCCAGGCCCACCGUCACCUCGUGGAUUUUGACUGCCAUCUUGAUGACAUUCGGCAGGACUGGACCAACCAGCGGCUUAACACUCAAAUCACCCAGUGGGGUGCUCCCACCAGUGGAAAUGCCUGAACCAGAGGGUCAGAGUACAAUAAAGAGAUGGGCUGGCGGGCGA